AUGUCAUCCAACGUUGAACGUGGCCAAGAUGCUCGUCUGAGGGGGAAUGCUUUCUAUAAAGCUUACCAAUUUAGUAAUGCCAUUAAAGCCUACAAAGUAGCUGCAGCACUGACCCCAUCGGACCCGGCACCCCUAUCGAACCUUUCUGCGGUCACUUUUGAGACAGGAGAUUAUGAGAAAAGCGUACAAUUUAGUACCGAUGCUCUAGCUCUCUUGGCAGAAGAACCUGAUGACGAUCCUCGAAAGCAAAAGCUGCUUACUCGUUUAACGAAGGCCAAACGAUACCAAUCCGAACCUGACGACUCUAUUCCAAAACAAUCACUUCGGGAUACCACUUUGUACUUGCCGAGAUAUAGGCCUAGCUUGACUAACGACAGGGCUUACUACCCUAUUGGCCACGAUGAUCCAGAGUCGCUGUACCGACCAGCUCUUGAAAGAACCACAAAGGACGCCAAAGUUGUGUCGUUUAUGUUCUGCGGGGUAGGCGAUGCUCGUAACAUGCUGCAAACCAUACUAGAAUAUAGUCCGGACCCUAUGAAGCCUUACAACUCUCGCAAGGCUGAUCAGAAGCUUCAUAUGACUAUUCUGGAUGUCAGCCAAGCUAUAAUCGCACGAGACUUGAUCUUGUUUGCCCUCUUGGAUGAUAUCUCUCUGAUCAUGUCAAUGCCUGAUGAGGAGAAGCUCAGGCCCGACAACGGAAAUCCCUACACUAUCAUCGAGACACUCGAUACAAUAUCAUAUUUUUAUAUGGCUUCAGUUAUGCCUGCUUAUGCUUGGAACCGAAUUCGAGGAAUCAUUCAGCGACUCCUGGAUGCCUUUGACAACUCUAAGCAACCGAUAUCUUGGGUUCACAUUCCUCCCGCGGCCCAGGCUGCUGUCCGACCUAGUCUUGAAGCUUGGAAACGAGGGCCAACUGAGUGCUAUUCAACUAAAAUCUUUCGCGAGGCCACACAAGAAGGUUACCUCCAAACAAGGAUGGGCGUAAUGAGCAUGUCCGGAGGCAUGGACCUAGAAUCACAAUUAUCAUUUUCCCACCUCAAGUUCGAUCAACGUGCCUUCAAAGACAUGGCAAUCGUCUUACCUGACGAUGAUUUGCUAGCCCAACACGAUCCCCAGGUAGUGGCAAUCAUCGAGGCCUAUCGAAAGAAGGUCAAAGGUGCCCAGGAGCGUUUAUCUUCGCACAUUGACAAAACUUGGAAACCCAACAUCACCCUGGUCGACGUUGUGUUUGAGAGCGAAAACACCAAGCCUGGAUGUCAACCGCGCCCAGACUUGGGUAUUUCACCCUUUCAAGUCCUCGGGAGCCUUAUGAAAGACACUGCGCAGGCACCAGCAGUACUCGGACUAGAGACUCUCAUCAUGGUUGCAGAAAAUUAUUUUAUGACAAUGGGAGGAGCUAUUGCUAGUCUUCGCGACUGCAUGAUGGUAGAGGUUUGCGUUGGAGAGAUGGCCGAUCGCCUCGAACGAAUACAAUACCAAAUCCUUGACCGACCCACGGAAACCAAAUCUAAUGAUUUCUUGUUGUCCUCAAAGUGGCCGCAUAAAUAUCACAUGAUCCACAUGAGCAAUGUCCCUGAUUACGUGGGUGGUCCUUUCACCGCCUUCCUAUACGCUCACUGGAUUUCAAAUUUGAUCGACUCAAUCUUGUCGGGCGUGAUCACCACCAAUGCCCGUCCACCAUCGCGAGUGGUCCUCACAACAGGAGACGUCGACACAGCGCACCCGACACAAUCUUUCUGCACAAAACCAUGGCUCAUGGAGUUUGCAACCCUGAUCGGACUAUGGCGCUCGAUCUUACCCGUCGGAAUUGUCGUCCCUUCCGCCGUUCCUCGUGUAGAUGAUAUUAUGCAGUACACCGUUAAGUUUCCUGGCUUGAAGAUCUGGGAUGCUCGAGCCCCACACUCGAUGCUAGUAUUCCACAAUGAACAGAAAUUCGGAGAGUUGCCUAAAAAAUUACGAUCAAUUCUUAUCAAUGAUAUAAACGAUAAUAAUUCCAAGUCAAAAGCCCUCAAAGAUUGUGUACGUUGUAUGAGCACAUUCCGAUGGAGUUUUAAAGCCGAGGAAGCUACAUUUUGGAUAUCAAAAGAUGCCUUUGAAGAGAUGAAAGAAUGGGUCGUUUCUGUAUGGAGAACUGAUUCAUGGGAGCAGGAGGGUAAGGGAGUGAAGUUGGGAAAGUCAGUUGUUAAAACAAAGUGUUGGGGAGAAUGGGAAGAUUCACUGAUCACGAUGUAG